AUGCCUCCAAUGCUUGAUUUUAUUUUUCAACGUCGGGACUUCAACACCAGCGCCACGUCGGAGGCUUUUUCCCAGGAGUGGUCGCAACCGUCGAACUAUGCCUUUACCAUUCUUCUCCUGCUGGGAGGAGAUUUGAUCAAUCGCGCUCUUGCACAGCUGGCUGGCGGUUGGAUUACGCCCGUGGCCUUUUCGUUUGGUUGGGUGUCUUAUGCAACGGCCUGUGUCUGCGCCGCUCUCGGAGAGUACAGACUUAUGCCCAGUGCUGAUACUGGAUGCAGCAUCAUCAAUGGAAAGAAUGGCUACGUCCGCGGAAACAAUUCAUGGGUACUCGGACGCAUGAUGCGCGACUAUGAGUAUUGGAUGGGAAAACCCGUCGCAGACAAAACCGAGUCUCUGAUUCAGGCUCGAUGGAAAUUCGAGCAAGAAAAAGAGAAUCGAGAGCACCCUGGAUCGAACAUCACAGUGCCUCGCCCUGCGCAGGCUGGACUGGUGGUUAGCAUUUGGAAGCCUAGCGAGACAUUGGCGCAUGGUGAACCUGGUCAUGAUAUACUCCACUGGUCCGGGCUUAUUGUCACCAUUAUCCAGUUGGGAGUUGCCUGUAUACCCUUGGGCCUGUCGGGAGAUUGGGGAGUAUUGUUGGUUACUGGCGGCGCUACUAUCCUCUGUUACUUCACCGGAGCCCUCCAGCAAUGGAAAGUAGAAAAAUGGGCUUGUCGACGUCUGGAUGGUCGAACCAAUAAGAACCUUGUCAUGACACGCGGCAACGGAGCUCAACAUGCGAUUGCAAUCAUUAGUGGUGGACACGGUCUGGAUUUGGAGGAUCUUGCAACUGGCUUUGCCAACGUCGACUCUCCAACCAUCUCGCUAUUUUCUCAGCUUUCUGUCAUUGUCUUGGGCAUUAUGUGGGUUGCCCUGCUAAUCACUGCAUCUGGUCUGACGGACGACUCGUGGUACUUGAUUGCUGUAGGAGGUAUUGGAAUGCUUCAAAACAUCUUUGUUGCGGGUUGGAAGCGUACUCCCUAUGCAUAUGGAAUUCCACUUGAAUUUGUUGAUGUUAUUGGUGAAGCCAAGGUCAUGAACACGCUAAUGGAACUUGAGAAGAGAUAUGAGAAGCUGGGCAAAAGCAUGUUGGGUACUUUCUUUCCGGGUGAUUUGCGUGAGAAGGAAGUCGAGGAGUGGGAUGCUAUUGCUGCGGAGUGGAAGGAGAAGAAGGCCCAGCCUGUCCAAUCUGUUGAGGUGAAGAGUGGCUGA